AUGGUAGCAGCUCUCUCAGUUGCUCCUCGGUUUCCGGACUGCGUGGACUGGCAGAAAAUGCGUACUGUGGCCGUAUGGACCGCUUUCGUGUUAGCGUAUUCGAGCAGCCCGUUGGUGGCCGGUGUACGAUUCAUCGAUCCGAUCUCAGUGCAGUCGGGGAACACCGGCGACAUCACCGAGAAGCGCGUUGAGCCGACAUGCGAAGAAUUGAGGGCAAUGUGGAGGUACACCAAACGACAGAGCAGAGCUGCCAAAACCAACACUGGAUACCCCCUUUAUCCUGACUCGUUCACCUACAAUGUAUGGAACUCUUAUACCGAGCGUGCCAAGCCACCUCUUAAUUAUCGAGUGUCCACGUACACAGGAAGAUACACGGCAAGACCACGGAAUCGCGCAGGCGGCAACGCUCCAGUUUAUGGGAAAAUAGUGCACAAAGUGCCAGCUGGAAGCAUAUUACGAAACGGAAUGCGACAGUCCCUGCGGCCCUUCGACAAGAUUUCACCCUUUUACGGAACAAUCAAUGCUUUUUCGCCGUCUACGAGACGACAUCCCAGCUUCCGUGGCGGGGGUGUUCCUCCCAUGGCACAAGUUCCUCAAGCCGGCAAAUUUCAACAUUUAAAGGAGCUGCUUCAAGCUGAACGUGCCCGUGAACUAAAGGAGCAACACAAGGCUGAGGAGAACGAAGGGAAAACGUUUGUUUUCGAUGAUACAACGGAUGACGACUAUCCGUUAAACAUGCAACAACCUCGAAAGCAAUUUUUCAAGUCGACAUCGCGAAUUCCACCGAAAGAUAAUUACGAGUUUGGUCAGGGACGAUACACGGCAAACGUACCGAAUAGUGGUCAAGCUUGGUCGAGGAGCGGACCACAGUCCCGGGAAUAUAUGUUGCGUUAGUACUCAAACAACAAAUUGGUGUACACGUAUCUCCGCUACGUCCACACACGGCAGGAUCGCAAAGGACUCGCAUCGUUUUCUCUUGAAAUCUCUGGCAUCGUGAAAUCUGCGUGGAUCGGCUUCUUGCGUUUCCAUCAGUGAGUAUCAUCCACCAAAGGAGUUCCGCUUUCGCCGAGUCUAGAUCGUUCCCGCAAAUUACUCGUUCCUUCCGUUAUCUUGCCACUCGAAACGGGGACCUCCGAUCUCCCGACAACUCUCGAUUCCUCUAAUUUUCAUCUGUGUCCGACCAAAUGAAAAAAAUGUCAAUAAAUGGAACGGAUCGAGACGAAUCGCUGCGCGUUAUCGCUUGCGCUGCGGUAAUGUCGCGCAUGUAUAUUUUCUUAAUUCGUUCGAGCUCGUACAGGAUUUAAUUGCGGCGAGCGCGUUCGCAAGAACACGCUCACGCAUAAUAUCUUUCAAAUGUGUACGCUUAACCCUUGGCGGUCCGAGAAUUCCUUCCGAUCGCAGGCAAAGUUUGACGUUGCGAUUCGAGUACUAUACUUCUCCUAGGCACGUGGACAAUAAUUGUAAUAUAUAACCAAAAAAUGGAUAUUUCUGUCUUUGAAAGAUAUACAUUUCUUACAUUUCUCGCGACGAACGUGAACUCGACGGAAAUAUUCCGAGCGAACGAAAUCAGAAAUUCACAAGGGAGUUUCUCCCCAAUUUGAUCGUAGAUCGUUGACGGUGGUGACAUGUUUCGCGGAAUUCAGAUUCGCGGAAUUUAUUCUACGCAGAAUUCCUGACAAUUCGUUUGCUAUUGCAAAACUUUCCGAAAAUAAACAUAUUGACUAAAGUUGCAUUAUUUAAUAUAAACGAAGGCAAUUUACGAUCGAUCAGCAACGUAAUUCCUGUUUGUAAACAAAAGUCGGAAUUAGCAGUUUAUAAUAAGCAGUUAAAAACUUGGACCUCUGAGGGUUAAUACUAUUUUCGAGAAAUGUCAACGACGGUGACGUAAACUCCUUUUGGCACCGCUGAGCGGGGAAGACACGGGCAAGAAUAGAAAAAAUUGUGAAAUGAUGACCCUUUAACGAUCGUUAAGUCAUACUGUGUUCUUUAUAAAUAUUUUAUUAUACAACUCCUGCGUGCAACUUCGUUAAGAAUGAGAUAUAUGUAUAUAUAUAUAUAUAUUUUUUCAUGAAAUUAUUGUGUUUGAAAGAAUUAUCAAAGGAGUUGCAACCGGAUAUGUUCUGAAUAGACCGAGUAAAGGCGAAUAUGGGUACUCUCUAAACUACAAAAUAUAAUUCUCGAUGAUCUCGUUCGUAAUACUUCUAUCCUGAGUGAUAAGAAGAAUUUGCCAUAGAAAAAGUACACAGUUCCACUUGAGAAACAAACAAGAGCAAAACACAUGGUGUGUAAACAAACGUUUUCCCUGUUUUCUGUUGGUCAUAAUAUUUACAAUUUUGAACAUUUCUACUUUAUUUUAUAAUCGAGGCUGUAGGGAGGUGGUUGGUGUCAAACAAAAUACCAAAUUUCAAAUUCAAUCGACAAAACAUUCAAUUAAGGGGAAAAACAAACAAAACACCAGAAAAGCAACAAUGAAACUUUCGUCAAGAAAGAAAAAAACAAUUGAUUUUUUAAUAAGAAAAGCAACAGAACUUUUAACAUAAAAAUGACAAUAUUUUUAAUAAGAAACGAAACUAAAAUAUUUUUAAUAUAUACAGAACAAAACCUUCAAUAAGACCAAAAAAAAACAGCAAAAUUAUCAAUAAAACGGAAAUAGUAAAAUUUUCAAAAGAACGCAAGAAAACAAGCUACGAAAAAUGAGAAAUUCCACUUCGUUCACAAACACAUGGGACCCAUCAGCUUUUUACAUCCUCGACUAUUAAAUAAAGCAAAACAAACGUUUUAAAAAUGUUCAAAUUCAAGAAAUUAUAGCUAAAACAAAUGUGGACAAAAUUGCUACUACCUGGAUAAGUAUUGUUAUAUUCAUAUCAAUAAUGUCGGAUUACAAAAAAUAGUUAACGCUUUUUCUACUUUUUAAUUCUAACGUCUACCUACAAGAGCCUAUUAUCUGGGUUGUUGGUUGUCUAUCUUCAAUGCACCGUAAUUUGAGAAAAUAGAUAAAGCUUUUGAUAUACCCACUAACAGUGUACACAAAUUAAUAUCAGCCGAGAUUAAUAAUAAGUUGUAAACUGUUUUUUAAAUAGGACAAUGGACAACGUGUUAAUUAUUGAAAAUUAUAAAUCUCUAAAUAAUUGCGUAAUACAUUUUAGGUAGUAUCCAUAUUUAAUUUUACCCAGCUCUACUCAAUCAUAUCCAGUGUAGCGGAUCGCUAUAACUGUGUUAAAAAUAAUGAGUACUAACAGCUGCGAAUGCAGUAACUAAUGUGAAAUCAGUUAUUUAAACUGAACCAUUAUAUCAGUUGCUUGCAAUUAUAUUAGAAUAAUGUAACAGAAUAUCAUGCCUGCUCCAGACAAUUGUCGAAGGAUUGAGCUGGUUGUCCGUUGAAACAAUAGUUCACGUAUCAUCUGUGUACGCCAUUCAUGACGCUUUUAUUCUGUCAAGUUCUGAUUCUGUUCUUUUCAAAGUGAAACGCUUAAACUGUAUUAUUACAGAAAGAGAUCAGAAUUCGAGAGUAGAAUAUCGAAACCGAUACUAUUAAAAAUCGAAGGGAAAAUUUCGCGAAUUUAUGCAAUACGCCCGGGUUUUCUCCGCCUUGUUUGAACUUGGACAAUAAAAUAGAAAGACUAAUAUUUUGAAGAUUUUGACAAUAUAUAUUUACGUAAAUUAAGAGACUACGAGGCAUAAUCAACGGAACUAUACGAAUGACAAUAAUUAAUCUUAAAAGAUAUUCUUGUAGCCCGUACGUGCAAUCGAAGCGGAUGCGAUUUCGAUUUCAAAGUUUACGAUAUGUACGUUGACGAAAUACUUUUAAAUAGUUUGAUAAUAAGUAAUGAUACGUUUAAAGAAGGAAAAAUUUGUACGUAAGGAUUGAUUCCGUUAAGAAAGACGAAAACGCACCGCUCGCGUCUCGUUUCCUCGUGCAAUGGGUCGAAAGAGCAUUUGCGACUCCAGAUUUUCAAAGAUAACCGCAUGUAAAGAAAUAAUAUAUUGGUAUACAAUGUACAGGGCCGACGCAGGUUCAGCGCGUUCGCCGGAACCCGGCUCCGCGUUUUAAAAGGCCCCGCGGUCUACGAAAAUUACUCAAUUAAAAGGUAUCGAUUUUGAUUAACUUUUUACAGACUGAUGAUACCAUUAACAAAUGGAAGCAAUUUUUGCUGAGAUGCAAGACAUUUUUUCAGUAGCGAUGAUUAAAUCGAAAGGAGUGACAAAAAUCAUCAAAGUACUAUUGUUUAAUAUUCAUCUUAUAAAAAAUAUAUAGCAUUUGUAAAUAAAUAAUUCCUCGUUGUAAAAUUCAAGUGCAGGAUUUGAAUGUGAAUUCAGUCCCCGCAAUAUUUUUGAACCCGCCCCCGCAAAAGGUCACGUCGGCCCUGAAUGUACAUAUAUUAGUGUGUCGGGAACAAUAUGUCAACUUUGAACAUUAACAAUUUAUCUUUCAAAAAGAAUAUAAUAAAUACUGAAAUUUCAUAGUCAAUAUAGUAUUUAUAUAUCAGAGGUGUAGCGAGGAAAUUUGGCGCCCGGGGGCACUUGAAUGAAUUUGAAAACCACAUUAGCAUUACAGAUUACUCUUUACAAUAUUACUAACUUAAAUACAAAAAUACAAUUUAUUGUGAUCUAAAAUGUGCUUCGACGGUAUAUUGUUUCUAUGCAUAAUGAAACACUAAAAUAUGUAAAUUUGUACUAAUAUAGCGUUUCUUUGCGGGCAGUCAUUUUCAAAAAACUGUGUGUGCAUAAACUUUUUUGACCCACUGUAUAUAUGUAUACAUAUACAUCGAUUAUGCGUACGAGCGAUUUAAUUUACGAUCCUUAAGCACUCAAUUGGUUAUCCGUUAAUUUUGAAUGCUAGAAGUCAACUGAAUUCAACUGAAGUCGUACUCAAUCAUGAGUCGUGACGUAUAGAAUUCAUAGAACUUGACGUUGAAAGAUAAUUUCAGUAGUGGGUAUCCGACUGAACAGUUUUGCUGUGACAGUUUAAAUAAAGGUGUUUGAAUUUCGAAUAAAUGAAAAAAUAGAAACUGUAUGAACAUGAACACUAUUCUUGGCUAACAAGAGAUUAAGUUAAAAGAAAAUAAUUUUCAGAGGCAGAUUUUUUGUAUAUUUACUUAUUAAAAGUGAUGCAGCAAUGUUAAGUGCUUAAGGAUCAAAACUAUAUAAAGACAAUAAUUAUAAACGUUUCAUGUAAUCGUAUAACAAAAUUUAAGUAGGUUAAAAACAGAUAUUUAUGUGGCUUAAUCCAUAUCUCGUGCUGAGAAUUAAUCACUUUCAGCUCCUAUGACGCGUACAAAAUGAAAACUUCUGAAUAAUUAUAUAGAAUGGUUUGAUACCGAUUGCGGUUCUAAUGCCUGAUUAUAAAUACUUUAUACUUAUAUAGAUCUAUUUGAAUAUGAUACGUACAUAUAUACUAUAUACAUAUAUACAAUGAACAUACACACACAGAACUGCGAUACAUGCAUAUCAAGAUACACAAAUUAUACAUUAUGAAACCGCAACUAUCACUAUGUUCUCAUGUAUCGUAUUAAUUGAGUUUCCAUGAAUGGAUGUUUUUGGCCAAGGUUCUUAAACCUCAGAAUCAGUGCCUGAUAUCCAAACUAUAGACUGGUUGCAAACUCUUCGAAUAAUGAUUCAAGCUGUUCAUAUCUUAUUUUAAAUACGUUAAUCUAAGUGUUAUGUUGUUUGAAUGUGUGCAAAUACAUAUAUGUAUACAUGUAAAGUUAUUAAGCAAAAAACUAUAUCUUGGACAAUAUUAGAAAUAGAAACAUUAUGUAAACUAAAAUGAACUAAUCCAAGGUGUGAAGAACACAGGUCAAAGUAUCAAAUUAUCUAAAUUAUAAAUCUAUAAGAAUCAUAUUCUAUAAUUCUUUAUUUCAUUUACAUUAACUAUCUCCCAUGUAUUUUGAAUUUAUAAAUUUGAUACUUAGACCCUUAGAACCUUCAAAUUUAAUCUAGUAAACUAGAAAAAAUAUGCUUCUAGUUUUAUGUUUCUACAUAUUAAUUAUUUUGUUAGAUGCUAGUUUUUGUAAUUUAGUAUACAACCAAGACAAUUAGUAAUCAAAAUUUAAUUCUGGUUUCUUGUAUUAAUUUAAUAGAGAGGUCGAUAUGUACCUAGUUCUAUUUAAGAAACUUUUACAAACAAAUAUUUUAGAAUAAUAUAAUUUAUAUAUCUAUACUUCGAUACUAGAUUUAAAGAAUGCUUUCCUAUUAUAAUAUUUUCUCUGUACUUAAUAUUUAAAUGAUUGAUCACUAUUUACAGGACUGAUUUUAAUAUAUAAACUUCAAUCUUCAUACAAUAUUUCUAAAACAUCUUUGUUAUGAAUUUGUAUACUAACUUAUUCUGAAACAUUGUAUGAUUUUUAAAUGAUGAUUUAAUUAUGACUCUUGACAAUAAUAAUAAUGCUCUUACUAGUAUUAAGAUCUUAUUGGCAUCGAUAAUUUUAGCAUUAGUGUUAAUAAAACGCCAUUGUAUUUUCCAAAAUGAACUACAAAAAGAAAAAUAACGAAAACAAUUAAAAAGAUCGAAACAGAAUAUAAAAUGAGCUAACUAAAAAUGUAUUAACUGUGUACACGUAUUCGUGAAAUCUAACAAUAAAGUAUAUAUUGCAUCUCAGUGUAUAAAGAAUAAAUCAUUGUAAUAAAUUAUGUUUAAAAUAAAAAGAUUACUUUAAGUUCAUA